AUGGUGUCUUCGUUAUGUACCAUCCGGAGUUCAGGUGAACGAGGGCUGAACGCCCUAUCUUCCAUUCCAGUCAAUAUAAACCGUCUCUUCGUGCGACAAGAUGUUACUCCAGCUAUUUGUUACGAUGACUGCAAUAAUGCAUACAAAAUUGCACAAUCUGUUGGAAAGAGCCCAAAACUAUGUGGUUCAAAUUCUUUGUUCAAUACUUCCUAUGGAUAUUGCAUACAAUGCAUAGAGGAGAAUGAAAAUAGCACCAAAAACACAGAACAACACUAUGUAUCACCGCAAUUCGCCCAAUUCCUUGAAUACUGCGAUGGCCUUAGGGAAUUACCUACAGUUACACCAACAGCUUGCGAAGCUUGUAAUGUGGUUAGCACUAUGGAUUACCUUGGCAGGCCCGUGGUCUACACUCUCGGCCCCCAGUCUAUCACAGAAACUCUGGAAGAUAAGCUUAAUCGAUAUCACUAG